AUGUCACAGGAUUCGAACAAACGUCGCGAGUACGAUUGCUGGCUCAGGGAGCAACAAUAUCGGAAAGAAAAAGGAACUGUUGCGGAGCGAAUAGAGAUCGGUUUCGAAGAAUCAGACCCGAUUUUUGAGUCUUGCCGUUGUGGUGAUUACUAUAACAUUACUUCUGAAGAGGUCCAGAAAAUCGUUGACGUUGGCAUUUUCGAGUGCGCCUCGUGCUCUCUUUGCCUUGAAGUUUCAAGGACAGCCCUUAAUAGCACGUAA